CACAGACUGCCACGUGGGACUCUACAUGGCAACCAGGCAUCGCAUCUUGGAACCAUCCAUUCAUUCAUCCAUCAACCACUCUCUUCUCUCUUCUCUUCCUCCUUUGCCUAUGUCCAUGGCGAUUUUCCAUCACCAUCUUCUUCUUCUUCUUCAUCUUUCCAUUCCAUUAUCACCAUAGUUAAACAAACUCAACCUUCAUCAUCAUCAUCAUCAUCAUCAUCAUCAUAAUCAUCGUUUUCCAAUUUCCACCCUUCAGCUCAGAACCCCACUUCCACAAGUGUCAAAAAUCCAAUCCAAUCCAAUAACGUCGCUCGAAUCAAACCCAUUAAUAUUUUUCAAUUGGGUCAUCAUUUCACUCUCAAAUUUCCUUUUUUGCUAUCUGGGUAUCUCUCUAUUCACCAUGUCAGGUACCUACCCCUAAUGGCUCCCUGACAUCGUUCCACUAAUUUUGGAUCUGCGCUUCGUGCUUCAAUUUCGUUCUUUCCAUGUAUAUAAUUUAAUUUAAUUUAAUUUAAUUCGCUUGUCGUUAUUUAUUUUCGGAAAUUUUAUCACCUUUUAUCGUGAAUUCGAAAUCGCAAAACUCACUUCAGAGUUGUAUGAUGUGAGUGAGUUUGUGCUCAUGUGUAAUAAAGGGUUUCAAUGCUUGAGCGAGUCUGAGACUGUGAUUGAUCAUCGACGACAGCAGCACUUUUUGAUGGAUAGUCCCACGGCGGUUCGAUCACCGGCCACCGGUUCGAGUGAUGAUGGCCGGCGUGUUAAGUUCUUGUGUAGCUUCCUGGGGAGUAUAAUGCCCCGCCCACAAGAUGGGAAGCUGCGGUAUGUUGGCGGCGAGACGCGAAUUGUGAGUGUUCCGAGGGAGAUUAGCUAUGAGGAGUUGAUGGGGAAGAUGAGAGAGCUUUAUGAUGGGGUUGCUGUGUUGAAGUAUCAGCAGCCUGAUGAGGAUCUUGAUGCACUUGUUUCUGUUGUUAAUGAUGAUGAUGUGGUUAAUAUGAUGGAGGAGUAUGAUAAGUUGGGUUCAGGGGAUGGGUUCACUAGGCUUAGGAUUUUCUUGUUUUCGCAAUCGGAGCAGGAUGUUUCGUCGCACUUUAUUGAUGGGGAUGAUACUGAGAGGAGGUAUGUUGAUGCAUUGAAUAGUUUGAAUGAGGCCUCUGACUUUAGGAGGAUGCAACAAGCUGAGUUUCCUGUGAUUGGUACUGUUGAGGAUAUCCAUGUUGCUGAGCAGUUUUUUAAUCCCAUAAGUGUGGAGAAUGGGCUUCAUAGCCAGAGAAGUGGUGACCUAUCAAUGUCACAGUACAAUUUGCAUCACCUCGCGGUCCAGCACCCGCAACCUAUUGGACAGAGGUUUAAUGAUAUUGAUGGUUCGUGGAAUCCUGCAUAUUACUCUCCUAGACAUCAUGGUCACCAUGAAUUUCCAUCUUCUCCUUCUGGUGCAAGAUACCGCAUGCCGUUUCCUGAAUUACAGGAAAAGUACAUUGAUAGAGUGCCUGAAGAUUAUUCUAGACAUUAUGUAAAUCACCAUCCUGUGUAUGACAAUCAACAGCAGUAUUCUGACAACGUUGUGUGGGUGCCAGCUGGUGCAGGACAUGGUGAGAAAUCUGGUUUUCCUGGCAACAUUCCUCAUGGUCCGCAUGUUCUUGAUGGGAACAGUGUAUGUGAGCAUUGUCGUAUGGGUUUUCAGAGAGGUCAACCGCAUCUUGAGCAUCCUACUAUUAGUAAUGGACUUCCACCAGUAGCUAAUCCAUGUGUAGAAUGCCCCUCAAAUAGGGAUGCUUUGGCGGUGAAUGCUGAUACGAAGUUACAUCCUGUGAUCUAUCCCAAUGAGCCUAAUAAUGAUCUCAGGUCUGUUAAUAUUGAUGCACAGAAUCAUGAGAGAGGAUGGGGUUUACAGCAUCCUCAGGUUGACGAAUCAAGAGGACAUGUAUCUGGAACUGGGAGAGUGGGUGAUCAUUAUGUUAGUGAUGUUCCUGUUAUAAAUUUAUCUGUCGGGCAUGGUAGUAUGACUGAUGGACAUACUUUGCCUUCCAAUUAUGUUCAACAAAGGGCUGGACAUGAAUUGGGGCCUGAACUGAUCCCGGAUCAAACCAUGGCAGCUAUUCCGCAUCUAAAAAUUCCUCCUGUGGAAGAAUGCAGUGUGCGGUAUGGAAAUACAACUCCCCCCUAUGGAGUAGAUGGUAAUUACCCAAUGCCGCGUGGAAAUGCUCCUGGUUAUGCUUUUUGGAGAAAUGCUCCGUCUCCAGCUCAUAUUGGACCAUCUUAUGAGGCAACUACUCCACCGCAGCCGGUGGACGGUAUGAUAAAUGCUGGAUUAAUAAGGGGAGAGGGAAGUCCAGGAUUUUUCAUUGGAGCAGAUAAUCAAAGUCCUUGGGUUGAUUCAUCACAAAAACUAUCAAGACAUGAUGGGUCAGCCAUCCUGGAAUAUCCUUAUGCAAAUGCUCUGAGGUUGAGUCCGAAAGCCCUUGGUCAGGAAAAUCAACACCCAAUUACUUUAGAUGCCAUUCACCCCCCACAGGACAUAAAUACUGGAAUCUUGUUGGAACCUGUGCAGCUGCCACAAUUAUCUGUCAAUGUGGUUCAGAAUAACGAGCUUUUAAGAAAUGAAGCAAUGAGCUUGCUUGGAGACGGAAAAGAGGCAAUAAGGGAGGGAACAGUUGAAAACUCUAAUGUGCAGAGUAUAUCUUUUUCAGAGCAAAAAGUUGCUGAGAAUGCAAAUGAAGUUGGUGCUUCUGUUGAGUCCAAUAAUCCAAGUUCAAAACAUGCAGCAGAGUGUGGACAUGUUGAGAAACUGGCUGAUAAAGACCAUUCUGAUCCAGAAAAUUGUAAGCAUUUAGAUGAUCAGUUGAACUUCUUGCCUGAUUUGAUUGCUUCUGUACAAAAGGCUGCAUUAGAAGGUGAUGAGGUGAAAAUUGCAGCUAAUGAUCAUCAGCAUGCCAAUUCUCAAAUGCAUAAUUCAAAUCCCAAGGAAGAAACAGCAAAUGAAGUAGAACCAGUGGAUGCUCAUGCUGAUUUAGAUUUGGACUCUGAAAAUAACCAUAUUGUUACCUCUAAAAUUGAGCCUACAGAGGCUGAAGCAGAAGCGGUUGCAAGGGGAUUGCAGGCUAUUAAAAAUGAUGAUUUGGAAGAGAUCCGUGAGCUAGGUUCUGGAACUUAUGGGGCUGUUUAUCAUGGGAAGUGGAAAGGUUCUGAUGUUGCCAUUAAGAGAAUAAAAGCCAGUUGUUUUGCUGGAAGGCCAUCUGAAAGAGCAAGAUUGAUCGCAGAUUUCUGGAAGGAGGCACUAAUGCUGAGUUCAUUGCAUCAUCCAAAUGUUGUCUCCUUCUACGGUAUUGUUCGUGAUGGUCCCGAUGGUUCUUUAGCAACGGUGACAGAAUUCAUGGUUAAUGGAUCUUUGAAACAGUUCUUGCAUAAGAAAGAUAGAACAAUAGAUCGUCGUAAGAGGCUCAUUAUAGCAAUGGAUGCUGCAUUUGGAAUGGAGUAUUUGCACGGAAAGAAUGUUGUCCAUUUUGAUUUGAAAUGUGAGAAUCUAUUGGUCAAUAUGAGAGAUCCACAACGGCCUGUCUGCAAGAUUGGUGAUUUGGGUUUAUCCAAGGUUAAACAGCACACUCUAGUGUCUGGAGGGGUACGGGGAACUUUGCCAUGGAUGGCGCCUGAACUCCUUAGCGGGAAAAGCCAUAUGGUGUCAGAGAAGAUUGAUGUUUACUCAUUCGGUAUAGUCAUGUGGGAAUUACUCACCGGGGAUGAACCUUAUGCUGAUAUGCAUUGUGCUUCAAUAAUAGGAGGAAUUGUAAACAGCACUUUACGUCCUCAAAUCCCAACAUGGUGUGAUCCUGAGUGGAAGUCUCUAAUGGAAAGUUGCUGGGCUUCUGAUCCUGCAGAGAGGCCAUCAUUUUCAGAAAUUUCUAAGAAGCUGAGGAGCAUGGCUGCUGCUAUGAAUGUGAAAUAGUCAAUUAAUCUUGAAGUAAUCAAUUACCCUUCUUAUGUUGUAUGAUGUAGCCUAGAAUUGGUAAAAGAAGGGAAAUAAGGUGAAGCAUGGUUCUUCCAGUUGAAGGCACCACCAAGCUUAGAAAGGGGAAAAAAGAUAUAAAGGAGUAUUCAAGCUUAUCCAAGCUUAUCCAAGCUUAUCCAAGCUUGUAUUAUAAUAUCAUGCAGCCUUUGGUUUAGACUUAAAAUUAUUUUUGAACUAUUGCCUUCGGUAUUUUCCUUAGUGCAGUUAAUUGCACUGUAGCAUGAAUUUUCUCCCGGAAGCAGCAUGGUGGUCUGAAGAAUGAUACCUGUGAAUUAACAGUAUGUCACAAUUUUUUUGUACGUGAUCAGGGUGAUGGUAGCAAUAGUGGUUGUUUUACCAUCAACUCAGGAACCAUGCCUUCUGGAGAGAGUGUACAUAAAUUAACCAUGACAAGCCUAGCUCCCGUGCUUCUUUUGGAGAGGAUAAUGACGAUUAUGCUUCCUAUUUGCAGAUGGAACAAAUUCAAUUUGUCAUUAACAUUUUGUCUGAAUUGCUUUAUUAAUAAUAUUUACACGAGUAUGAUAUGUUCUCAAAUGACACGAAUAUGCAUUAUGCUUAAAGAUGUUUUUGGGCUCUUGAAGCUGAAUAAAUAUAGUUAUUUUUUUAUAUAACAA